GAUAUGCAAGAAGCAAUUGGGUAUGCAGGUACACUCGAAAGUAAUGGCAUUUCUAUGGAACGAUAUGCUAAAGGAGGAUUUUGCUUUUUUGUAUUUAACUUAACAAAUAGCCAGGAGGAUAAUGGCCCCGAGACAUUUGAUCUCAUUAAAAAUGGUACAACAAGUAUUAAAUUGACAUUCAACGAACCAGUUCCUUCAGGGGGAAUUGUUCUCAUUGCAAUGGGUGAAGUAGAUUCAUUGUUAAUGUUAGACAGAAAUAGAACAAUUACAAGUGAUAUAUCAGUAUAA